AUGGAUGGCCCACGGUCUAGUGGGAUCCGUAAAAAGAGGAAGUCGAGGUCAGAGAGAGACCGGGAGAGGAGGUCUAAUGGAAAUAGGACCAACCAUGUGAGGGGCACUGUGUUACGUUUCUCCUCAGAUUCGGAGAGGGAGCACAGCACCAACCCCUCUUCCUCCUCCAGACCCCGGCCACCCAGAAGGAAGAGAAAAGAGUCUACCUCAGCCGAAGAGGACAUCAUCGAUGGCUUUUCUAUUUCUGGAUUUAUGACACUAGAGGCUUUAGAGAAGGACAUGGCUCUGAAGCCGCAGGAUCGGAGGGAGAGCCAGGCGGGACCCCAGCACAAGAAGAGGCCCAGUCGAGUCCCCAACGGCUUCAGCCUGGAGCCGCGCAAGGAGCGGCUAAACCACAACCACAACCACCAGCACUCGGACCAGGAGAACAACCCACGCCUCGCCCAUUCCCACAGCAAGAAGAAGAAGAAGAAGCAUCUACAGAAGAGACAGAGGCUGCUGAAGCCGGGACAGAACAGCUGUAAGGACAGCGACAGUGAGAGUGUGAGCGGAGAGUCCAAACCCUCCAUCAGGAGCAGCUCCAGAGACAGGCUGACUGACUGUGACAGUGAGAGCGAUCAGGAAGACAAGGGCUCCGAUGCCAGCUCUGAAAAACUCUUCAGCACCGCAGCACUUAAAGUUCCAAAUUUCAGCGUUGAUGCGCUCCCCACCAAUGCCAGCCAGGAGCUGCGAGGCCUGGGCGUGCCCAAGGUAUCAGGCCUAGAGCGCAGCCAGGAGAAGAGCCAGGAGAGCUGCCGUGACGCCACGCUGCUGGUGCCAAGCGCCCAGCCCAAACUGUCUCUGCCAUCCCUACAGCCUCCUCCUCCUCCUCCUCCCCCGCCUCCUCCGCCUCCCAACGGUCGGCCAGCGUCCCAGAGCCCGGCGGAGCCCCCGCCGACCUGCCAGGCCCAACCCCAGCAACCCCACCCAGAGCCCCCCCAGCGACCGCCCUCCACACCCGCCACCCUGCCUCUCGCCCAGGGCCACGAGCCCUCUCAGGCAGCCCCUCCGCGGCCCCAGAUCCAGCCUGAGCCGCCCGCCCAUCCGCGCCCGGCCCCGACUCCCGGCCUCUACCCCCACCCCCACCCCCACCAUCACCACCACCACCACCACCACCACCCUUCCUCACCGGCCCUACCGGCUCAACCGGGCCAGCCUGGGCAGCACCGGCCUCCGUCACGCUGCCACCCUCGCCCCUUGUCUGCGUACAGCAGCAGCCUUAACCUAAACGGCCUCAGCAGUAGCCGAAGCAGCACUCCAGGGAAGCCCCACGGCCCACCUCCACCCCCCCACCUACCCCACCACCAAUCUGCCCCCUCAGCGGCAGCCCCUUCUUUCCCCCUGCCCCUGCCCACCAAUCCCAGCGCUCCUCACGGCUUCCCCCCCUCCCUGCAGUCCUCGCCGCAUCCACAUCACCCCAAUAUGUUUGCGCCGCCUGCGGCCUUGCCUCCUCCUCCGCCGCUGACCUCAAGCACCCUGCCCGUCCCUGGACACCCAGCUGGGAGUGCCUACUCAGAACAAGACUUGCUGAGGCAGGAGUUGAACACGCGCUUCCUGGCCUCUCAGAGUGCUGACCGCGGUGCUUCUCUGGGCCCUCCACCUUACCUGCGCACCGAGUUCCACCAGCAUCAACACCAGCAUCAACACCAGCACCAACACACGCACCAGCACACGCACCAGCACACCUUCACCCCCUUCCCCCACGCCAUCAUGCCCACCCCUGCACCGCCCAUGGUGCGUACCCCUGCCAGAAAUUUUGACAAAUACCCGACAAAAGUCGACCCCUUCUACAGACACAGCCUGUUCCACUCCUACCCUCCAGCUAUGUCCGGAAUUCCGCCGGUCAUCCCUCCUACGGGGCCCUUCGGAUCCCUGCAGGGAGCCUUCCAGCCCAAGACCUCAAACCCACUGGACGUGGCUGCUAGACCAGGAGCAGUGCCACACACACUCUUGCAGAAGGAUCCCCGGUUGACGGAUCCUUUCCGGCCUAUUCUCAGGAAACCGGGGAAGUGGUGCGCCAUGCAUGUCCAUAUUGCCUGGCAGACAUAUCACCAUCAACAGAAAGUAAAGCAGCAGAUGCAGGUCGACCCACACAAGCUGGACUUUGGCCUCAAACCAGAGUUCCUGAGUCGACCCCCGGGCCCAAGCCUCUUUGGCGCGAUCCAUCACCCCCAUGACUUGGCACGGCCCGCCACGCUGUUCUCAGCAGCAGGUUCCACACACCCCUCCGCCACCCCUUUCGGACACCCUCCACACCACCCCAGCAACUUCCUUACCCCUGCACCUCACUUAGAGCCCUUCAGCAGACCGCCCUCGUUCGGAGGUCUAGGCUCAUUAAGCACUUCAGCCUUCGGUGGACUGGGAAACCCAGCACUGACGCCCAACUCGGUGUUUGGCCACAAAGAUGCACCCAAUGCACAACAGCACUUCAGCGGGAGCCAUGAGCCAUGGAACAGACUCCACCGCACCCCACCCUCCUUCCCCACACCCCCACCCUGGCUCAAACCCGGAGACUCGGAGCGGAGCGCCUCGGUCAGCUCGCACGAGAGAGACCGCGAUCGCGACCGGGACAGGGAGAGAGAACGCGACUCGGACAAACGAGACUCCUCCGUCAACAAGGACGACAAGGAACGAGAUGUCGUGGAGAAACGUCACCAAAGUCACCCGUCCCCUAUCCCAGUCAACCCCAUCAGUCUGCUGGGUCACAACCGCCCGUCCGAACCCACCAGGAACCACCUGCCGCCCAGUGAGUCUCGUGACAAAGACAAACCGAAAGAGCGGGAAAGAGAGCACACCGACUGGAAAGAGACCAGCUCGGAGGAGCACAAGCUCAAAGAGAAUCACCAUAACGACAAGGACACGCCCAUCAUCCACGACGGGCGGAUGUCGGAGGACAAGCCCUCCAGCCGGCUGACCACGUCACCCUACAUGCGGCCGGGGGGUCUGGAGCGGCCGAACGGGGGUCUGGGGAGGGAGGUGCUGGAGAAGAAGGCGGAGAUCCAGUGCGAGCCUCCGAAAAAGAACAACGAGGUAAAAGUGAAGGAGGAGAGAAAGGAGGAGCAGGACGGACCCACCGAGAGGUCCACGGAGCCUCCUCCCACCGCCCCACCAGCACCCACCCUUCACCCACCCACCUCCAUGCCGGUGCCCAUGGGCAUGGCCAGCGUUCACCCCAUGAACAGUAUCAGCGGCCUGGAGAGGACUCGCAUGGUGGCCCCUUUUAUGGGCAUCAGCCCCAUACCAGGGGCCGACCGUUUUCCAUAUCCAGCCUUCCACUGGGACCCUAUGAGGGACCCCUACCGGGGCCUGGACCUCCACAGACGGGACCCUCUGGCACGGGACUUGCUGUUGCGGAACGACCCGCUGCAUCGGCUGGCGGGGCCCCGCCUUUACGAGGCCGAGCGUUCGUACCGGGACCGGGAGCCACACGAUUUUAACCGGGAUCACCCACACGCCCUGGCGUUGGAGCAGCGCCGGGAGCAGGAGAGAGCUCACCUCGAGGAGAGGGAGCGCCUGCACAUGCUCAGAGAGGACUACGAGCACGGGCGUCUCCACCCGAUACACCACCCGGCUCUGGACGGUCACCUGCCACACCCGAGCCUCAUGGCCCCCAGCCUACCCAGCAUGCACUACCCCAGGGUCAGCCCCUCCACCGCCGCAGCAGCCGCCGCCGCCGCCGCCGCCGCUGCCGCGGCCUCCGCCCAUCAGAACGGCAUCCUGAACAAAACCCCGCCCACAGCUUCUCUGAGUGCCCCGCCCCCUCUCAUUCCCAGCCUGGGUGCCCGGCCCGGCUCUCCACGACGGACUACGCCCCUGAGCACAGACAUCAGGGACAGACCUCCCUCACAUGCACACAAAGACAUUGAGGCACGGUGA